AUGGGCUCGGGCAGGAGGAUGUGUGUGGUUCCGCUCUGGCUGUUUGUCUCACUGGGUUUUUACUCCUUGACUUCUCUGGCUAAUGGAUCUUCGAUAAAGGUCAUGUCUGCCCCCAACAUAUUACGAGUAGGAACAGUAGAAAACAUCUUUGUGGAGUGUCAAGGUUGUGCUGAUGAUGAUGAUGGUUUCAUGGUUGAAAUCAACGUAUUGAAGUAUCCAACCAAAGCCAAAAGGCUAGUGUACACAUUUGUGAAUCUUACCAGUGCAAAUAAAUUCCAGGGCUUUGGACAAAUCAAGAUCCCUGCUGGGGACUUCAGUAAAGAUCCCAACAUGAAACAAUACGUCUUCCUGCAAGCUCAGUUCCCUGACCGACUUCUAGAGAAAGCUGUCUUGGCGUCUUUCCAGUCUGGGUACAUCUUCAUUCAGACGGACAAAACCCUCUACACACCCAACAGUAAAGUUCAUUACAGGAUAUUUGCACUGUCGCCCAGCAUGGAGCCUGUAGAGAGGGAUAACGUAACCCAUUCUGAUGCUUCAAUUGCUAUUAACAUUGUGACCCCUGAAGGCAUCAUAUUACCAACUGAUACAGUCUUUGUGAAAUCAGGGAUCCACUCUUCACAUUUCCAACUCCCUGAAAUUGCCAGUACUGGACUAUGGAAAGUGGUGGUAAAGUUUCACAGCAACCCACAGCAGAGCUACUCUGCAGAGUUUGAGGUCAAGGAAUAUGUGCUGCCCAGUUUUGAGGUGAAACUGACAUCUGCGAGUCCCUUCUUCUACGUUGACAGUGAAGAGCUCACCAUCGGCAUCAAAGCUAUGUAUCUGUUUGGUGAAGAGGUGGAUGGGUCAGCCUUCGGUGUAUUUGGGGUUAUGCAUGAGGGCCAAAAGAAAAGCUUUCCCAGCUCUCUUCAGAGAGUGGUGAUCGAGAAAGGUGAAGGAGUUGUGAAAUUGAAGCGAGAGCACAUUACAGAGACCUUCCAAAAUAUCCUCGACUUGGUGGGGUGCUCCAUAUUUGCAGCUGUCAGUGUGCUGACGGACAGCGGUAGUGAAAUGACGGAGGCAGAGUUGAGAGGUAUCCAGAUUGUCACAUCACCAUACACCCUCCACUUCAAGAAAACACCCAAAUAUUUCAAACCAGGAAUGUCCUUUGAUCUUGUGGUUGAAGUUUUGAAUCCUGACGGUACUCCGGCACGAGGCGUUGUAGUGGCGCUUGAUUCAGACGAGGUGAACGCCGUCACUACAGCCAGCGGCAUGGCAAGGCUUUCCAUCAAUACAGCAGAAAAUCCUGAGCCAAUGACAAUCACAGCAAAGACAAAGGAUCCUGGUAUUUCACCUGAAAGGCAAGCAUCGGCCACCAUGACAGCUCUUCCAUAUAGAACUAACAGCAAAAGUUACAUCCACAUAGGUGUUGAUACAGCAGAAGUAAAAUUAGGAGACAACAUGAAAGUCAACAUCAACCUCAAUAAGCCAGAAAACCCACAAAAUGACAUGACAUAUCUGAUCCUGAGCAGAGGUCGGCUGGUGAAACAUGACCGUUACAGGAUAAAAGGUCAACUAAUGAUUUCCCUGAUAGUUUCCAUCACCAAAGACAUGCUACCAUCUUUCCGCAUUGUAGCCUACUACCACACAAAUGACAAUGAAGUGGUAUCAGACUCUGUUUGGGUGGAUGUCAAGGACUCCUGCAUGGGCACGCUGAAUUUGGACCCUUUACGACCUGCUGCGUCCUAUAUUCCUCGUUCAACAUUUGGUCUGAAGGUGACAGGAGAUCCAGAGGCCAUAGUGGGACUGGUAGCAGUUGACAAAGGUGUCUACGUCCUAAACAACAAGCACCGCCUCACCCAGAAAAAGGUGUGGGACGCUGUAGAGAAGUACGACACAGGCUGCACACCAGGUGGAGGGAAGAACAGUAUGAGUGUGUUUUAUGAUGCCGGGCUGUUGUUUGAAUCUGACACUGCCCCUGGGACUGCCUACAGACAAGAGUUGAAAUGUAUAGAACCCAGCAGGAGGAAACGAGCCAGUACUAUAAUGAACAUCACUACCAGCUUAGUGAGUCAGUAUAAAGACCAACUACAACGUGACUGUUGUUUGGACGGCAUGAAGGAAACCCCUGUUUCUUACACCUGCGAGAGGCGGAGCGAGUACAUUACAGAUGGUGCAGCCUGUGUCGAGGCCUUCCUGCACUGCUGCAAGGAGAUGGCAAGGCAGCGAGUUGAGAAGAGGGGGAGAAGCCUUCAACUGGGUCGGAGUGAGGAAGAUGACAGCAGUUUCAUGGACAGCAAUGACAUUGUAUCUCGCACCCAGUUCCCUGAGAGUUGGCUGUGGCAGGAUAUCAAACUGCCUGCUUGCUCUCCACAUCAACCAAACUGUGACACCACAUCACUUGUGAGAAGUGUUCCUUUGCAAGACUCAAUCACAACCUGGCAGUUCACUGGCAUCAGUCUGUCAAGAACUAAAGGAAUCUGUGUUGGUAACCCAUUAGAGGUAAUUGUCCGGAAGGAUUUCUUCAUUGACCUCAGACUGCCCUACGCUGCUGUUCGUGGAGAGCAGAUAGAAAUUAAGGCUGUCAUCCACAACUACAAAAAAGAUCCUGCUGAUGUGCGUGUGGAUCUGGUUGAGGAAGCACAUCUGUGCAGUGCAGCUUCUAAGCGUGGAAAGUAUCGUCAGGAAGUCAGAGUUGGGCCUGAAACGACACGAUCUGUACCCUUUGUCAUUAUUCCUAUGAAGGAGGGACAAUACCACAUUGAGGUCAAAGCAGCUGUUAAAGACAAUUCAAUCAGUGAUGGGAUCAGGAGGAUGCUGCGAGUGGUGCCUGAAGGCUUACUAAUAAAAUCACUCCAGAUUGUAACUCUGGACCCUGAAAAUAAAGGUGCAGAUGGUAAGCAAGUGGAACUUCUCAACAGUAGAAUUUCUAUGAGUAAUGUGGUUCCAAAUACACCUACUGGCACACAGAUCUCCGUGACAGGAAGAAAUGCUGCAAGUGUGAUGAAGAAUGCCAUCAACUGGACAUCGAUGGAUAGUCUGAUCUACCAGCCCUCGGGCUGUGGAGAAGAGAACAUGAUCCACAUGACCCUGCCUGUCAUUGCAACUAUGUAUUUGGAUAAAACCAACCAAUGGGAAAUUGUGCACAUUGAAAGACGUAUGGAAGCCCUCCAACAUAUCAGAACUGGUUACCUGAAUCAGCUUGCCUACCGUAAAAAGGACGGGUCCUUUGCUGGAUAUCCUGAUCAACAAAGCAGCACCUGGCUGACAGCCUAUGUUGUCAAGUUGUUUGCGAUGGCCCACAGUCUGGUGGCAGUGCAAAAUGAAGUGAUCUGUGAUGCUGUCAAAUUUCUGAUUCUUAAAGCACAGCACCCUGAUGGCUUGUUUAGAGAAAUUGGAACUGUGGCCCAUGGAGUGAUGACUGGUGAUGUGGGUGGCAUAGAUUCAGAUGCCUCUCUGACGGCUUUCUGCCUCAUUGCUAUGCAGGAGUCACGCACAAUAUGUAGUGCCACUGUUAAUAGUCUGUCAGCCAGUGUAAACAAAGCAGUGGCCUAUCUAGACAAGCGUCUGCCCAGCCUGGUCAAUCCUUAUGCUAUUGCCAUGGCAUCAUACGCCAUGGCCAAUGAAAACAAACUGAACUGGGAGGUCCUCUACAAGUUUGCUUCCCCAGACUUAUCCCACUGGCCUGUACCUAGGGGACAUGUUUACACACUGGAGGCCACAGCUUACACUCUUCUAGCUCUAGUCAAAGCCAAGGCCAUUAAAGUUGCCAGACCUGUUGUGGAAUGGUUCAAUAAACAGCAGAGAGUGAAUGGAGGCUAUGGAUCAACUCAGGCUACCUUAACAGUGUACCAGGCAGUGUCAGAAUACUGGGCCAUGGCUCAAGAUGCAGAGUUUGAUGUGAAUGUGGACAUCCUGAUGCCAGGCAGGGCAAAGCCUGACAAGUUCAACUUCAACAGGGAAAACCACUAUGCCACAAGAACAUCUAAGGUCAAUAAUAUAAACCAGGAUGUGAAAGUGAUGGCCACUGGCACAGGAGAAGCAACACUGACGAUGGUGUCGCUGUAUUACGCUCUGCCAAAAGAGAAAGAGAGUGACUGUCAGAAGUUUAAUCUGUCAGUGGAGCUUCUCCCAGAGAAAAUGAGUGAGAAUGAGAAGAUAUAUAAGCUGAAAAUAGAAGUUUUGUAUAAGAACAAGGAGCAUGAUGGACCCAUGUCAGUCUUGGAUAUUGGCUUCCUAACUGGCUUCACUGUUAACACAAAAGACCUGGACUUAUUGUCCAAAGGACGCGCACGCACCAUUUCAAAAUAUAAAAUGAACACCAUGGAGUCAGAAAGAGGCUCGCUCAUCAUCUACCUGGACAAGGUUUCUCACAGACGACCAGAGGAGGUCACUUUUAGGAUCCACCAGAAGCUGAAAGUGGGCAUCUUACAGCCAGCUGCUGUGUCUGUUUAUGAAUACAACAACCACCAGUACAGUACUCAAACACACUGUGUGAAAUUCUACCAUCCAGAGAGGAGAGCUGGACAGCUGCUGCGGCUCUGUAGAAAUGAAGAAUGCACAUGUGCUGAAGAGAACUGCAGUAUUCAGAAGAAGGGCAACGUCAGCAAUGAUGAGCGCACAGCUAAGGUUUGCGAGUCUGAAAGGCACAGCAAAAUAGAUUUUGUGUACAAAGUGAGACUGGAAAAGUUUACAGAUGGGUUGUCCACUGACAUUUAUACAGUCCGGGUACUAGAAGUCAUCAAAGAAGGGAGUACUGAUGUGGGUCCUCAGGGUAAACUGCGCACAUUUCUCAGUUAUCGGCACUGCAGGGAGGCUGUAAGCUUUGUGACAGGCAAAACCUACCUUAUCAUGGGCACAUCCAAAGACAUUUACUCAGAUGAAAAGAGUCAAUUGUAUCAGUAUGUGCUCGGUGAGAGGAACUGGAUUGAGUACUGGCCCACAGUAACAGAGUGUAAAAUUGUUAAAUACAAACCUACCUGUUUGGGCAUACAGGACAUGGUCCAGCAGUACACUCUCACUGGAUGUCGGCAGUAG